GUUUUCUCCGAAUAGCCCAUGUUUUCAGUUUCUAGUGGUGCGGAAGAGGGAAACAAUGUUCAACUGAAAGCGAAAAAUAAACCGUCGCUCAAAUGGGUGAAGGCCGGAUUUACGUUCGUGUUAUAGGAAAGAAAGUUCCAAGGAAAGAAUUAGAAAUAUAUUUUCAGUCUCGUAAACAGUCUGGUGGAGGAGACAUCUGUUCGAUUAAGCAAAUCAACAAUGAAGAGUACAUUAUCACUUUUGAAGACCAGGAAAGUAAGCUUUUAACAUACGUUAUCUAUUGUCUUUAACUUGAUGUUUUACAGCAACAAGAUUCAUAUCCUUGCCAGCUAGAUUGGCAGCUAAUAUUGAUAAUUCGUUGUAAACUCGUUAAGCAUGAAAAGUGAUAAUAUGCAAAUUCAAGUUAUUCGGUUUCAUAUAUUUCGUUUGCGUCCGGUUUCACUUUCGACGUUUAUUAUACCUGCAUUGAACAAUAACUGAGCUUUUAAAAACAUUUGUUUCAUAAUUUAAGAAGUGGGCCAUGGUACACUAGUUUAGUCUUAAAAGGGUCUUAAACCACGGUUUGAGUAGCCAGACUAUUGACCACAAUUCAUUCGACGAUUUCUGCCGUCAUCCAUUCUUGCGCGAUGGGGCUACAAAAAUUCAUCAGAUUUCCGUCCAUUAUGACCGUGAAAUUAAGUUUUCUAUGUCUAAUUUCACUCUACAGUGUGAUCUUGAAUUUGUUGUCUAUUUCUGUCAUUUGAGCGUCAUUUUAUUUCUGUCGUCUGAGCGUAUAAAUUAGAUUUGUACCUUGAUGUUGAGUCCCGAAGUAAAGAUUGCGUGACACCAUUUACAUGAUUCCCUCGUGCUAGCAAUGGGAGACAGGUAGAUCAUCAGACGGUGCUUUGUUCGUCUCAACUCCCUCUCGUUUCUCUCCUUUUCAAGGAGCCUAGAAAGGGGCUGACAAAUAUCCCAUUUUCCCCAAAGUUGUCAAACACAAUACUAUAAUAAUAACAUACAUAUGUUCCUUCAUUAUGUAUCAUUUAUUGUAGUUCCCCAAAGUUGUCAAACACAAUACAAUAAUAAUAACAAAAAAAUUCGCCUUCAUUAUGUAUCAGUUAUUGUGGUUGGAACUCAGCUAUUAACGACAUGAGCUGCAGACACUGUCUUCUCGUUUCGUCAAUGAUUCUAGAAUGUAACCUGGGCUUCUCUCCCGCCGUGGACGCAAUACGCGGGUUGCGUUUGUUGUUGGUCUUCUCCUUAAUCCGAGGGGUUUGAAUUUUAUCCUGGUACUGUACUACAAUUUUCCUUGCUUCUCAAAGACCAGCACUUCCAAAAGCCAAUUCAAUCUGAAAUGCUUAGCCUGGUGGGCUUCAUCAAAGCGCGAAACCGAAUAACCUGAAAAAAGACUAUUAAUGCACCUUAAACGAAGGAUGUAAGAUUUUGAUCUUGUUGUUGUUAUUGUUUUGUUUCGGAAGUUGCUAGUAAUGUAACACUAGGGACUCAUACCAUAAACGGAGCGCAAGUUGAGGUGUCGCGUCAUCCGUUCGUUGGGGAGCAGAACUUGCCAUCAAAUCAGGUCAGUUAGUGACACACAAUUGUUUGUUUUAAGUGGAGAAUCUAAAGAAUGGCUCGGUAUGAAAAGUAUUUAAUGCAAAAUUGAAAGGUCGGAAAGAUUGGUUCGCCCCUGUAAUCUCUUUUCCAAAAUAAGCUUCCACCGUGAUACGGCGGUAACAAUCAGUUUGUUUGAUUAGAAAGAAGAAACAAAGCGUCCAGGGAUGAAUGAUUAGCCCUUGGUAGCUGAAGUGAAGUUAGUUUUCUAACGCGUCUAAAUUCCCGGGGUACUCAAAGAAUCGAAGGUUGGAGGGGGAGUACCGCUGGGAUCGUGGAAAUCUUAACCUAUACCAGAAUUAUGCUCAACUGCAAUUUUUAAUUCUUGUACUAUCCCAUGCAGACUAACUAUAAAUCAGAAACUCCAACUUUCACGUCACGGAUUGAUUUCUUUCCCCAGGUACCACUUACUGAACAGAAUUCCUAUGAUUUCUAUGCCCUUGAUGACUGAAAACCAUAUGCAUCUUCUCCCCUGUGUAUAGUGAAGGGUUUGAUAUUUAGAAUCAUUUUUGUGUGUUUUUGUGUUGUUGUUGUUGUUGUUGUUGUUGUUGUUGUUGUUGUUGUUGGUGUCAGGCGCCUCGCAUUGACGUAAUAUAUAUAUAUAUAUAUAUAUAUUUACAUACACAUUGUAUAACAAAGUUUAAGGGAUAUUUUUUCGAUUACAUUUCUUGUUUACUCGCUUUGGCUUUCAGUCCCGUGUUGUGUUCAUCCGCGGACUUUCCAAGGACACAACUGAAGAUGCUCUUUUGAACUAUUUUGAGAACACCAGGCGUUCAGGUGGCGGGCCAGUAGAGGAAGUGAAAAUCUCAGAAAAUACAGCGCAAGUCAAGUUUGAGUCAUCAGAAGGUAAUUUCUUAAAUGGUAUUCUUCGUCCCCUCUGCUUAUUUAGCCACGCCCAAAUUAUCGUAAGGCAAAAUUUUUAUUGGAAGUACUUUAAAUUUGCAUCUAUUGUAGCUAACUUGGUUAGUCCAAAUUCAGUUUAUGCGCUGAGAGUUUUAGAAGCGUUUGUUUAUAAUGAGGGACAAAAACAAACACGAUCACAUUUGAGAACUAGUGGUACGUAAAAUGGCAGGUAACAAUAAUUUUCUUGUCCCUACAGUAGCUACAAAUGUAACACUCAGAACACACUGCAUUAACGGAACCCAAGUUCAGGUUUCAAGCCAUCCCAAUGAGGACGAACGGAACUUGCCAUCAAGUCAGGUCAGAAUCCACUGAAGACGAAUUUUGAAUAUGUGCUUAUACUAAAGGUUUGAUGCAUAAGUUGGGAGUUUAAGUGACUAUACAAAAUGAAAAUUCCUUUUGUAAGUGAUUCUAAUGUAUUUCCUUAUUCGGUUCUUCCUCAAGAAAGCCACCUGGAUGUUUUAGAAAUUGAAUCGUCUAACCUAUAACGGUUGGCUACUUGGCCUAACCAUUGGUGAAGGUGCUUUGAACUACCAAUGAUUUAGGUUGACUCACAGUUUACCUAUUUGCUUUUACCUGCAGUCAGAAAUUAAAGGGACAGUGUCCCGAUUAUGCGCACGCGCGAGCAUCAUCUGUUUUUUCUUCAAAAGACAAUAGAACUGUCAAAUUGACCCGACAAGAUUUCCUUCCGGACCGCACCGCCGACAGAGAUUUGUUGUUUGCAUUCUCAAGUAAUAUUUUAGACUUUCGAAGAAGUCUUUCGUCUUAUAUAAAAAUUUGGCUCGCGGUUCGAAGACUCAUCGCGGUUUUAUCGCUAGCUGGGCCGCCUCGCGACCCGAAAAUCUCGUUCCGCUCGCUUUAAAAACAUAUUUUCUAAUUUGAAACUCGUGUCAGAGGUCAAUCGCUCCAAGUCCAGUAAUAUCUGCCUGAUUUGCUAGCGUUCUAGCCUCAAACGUUUGAAAGACAUAAAUAAAAAUGCAAUCUCAACGCUAUGAAUCAUCACAAAGGUUAGUCAAAAAUGGUAUUAUGAUUUCAUGGCACUAGUUUUUCAAAACAUGUAGCGCCUGUUUGUUCGAUUUUGUCGGCCGUAGGGGGAUUAAUUUAAAAGUUUACUAACGCGUCGUUGCAAAACAUUCUGCUUCACGAAGCUCCCCUCCACAAGAUCUCCUCAGUCACAUCAAUGUCUCAACGAUUUCUUUCCUACAGUCUUUAUUGUUGCUGUUUCAUUUCUGCGUAUUCCUUUCACAAUUAUCUGAGCUUGUAUGGAAGCUAGCAGAAGAAAUAAGCCUUCAAUAGGCACCAAAGUGCUUCCAAUCUUUUGGUCUUAAGGCCAACGGCAAUAAAAGUAACGCCAAAAAAUCCAGAUUUUGCCCAAAUCGAAACUUAACAGGAACAAUAUAUCAUUGAUCUAUAAUCCUGAGAAGUUUUAGUGUCGUAUUGAACCCGGCCAAGCGCGAUGCAAACGGAUUUUUCAAGAUUCUCGUACUCUCCUCGCAUCUUUUGAUUUCGCGACAUCCUGUCCAAAAAUCAAAGUUUGGUGCAUGUGCAGUAACGGGAUACUGUUCCUUUAACUACGGAUUUGAUUAAUAAUUCUUGCGUCAGUGAGGUAGUUACCUUUGCUUUAUGGCCUUAGAUUUACAUUUGAUAUGAGGUAUUUCAGUAAUUAAUUUUCUUUACUGGGCGGUUUAACUUUAUAGGGGACUUGUUUUUCCACCUUGUAUGUAUACUUGUUAUAUAUACUUAAUCUGUUAAUAAACAAACUGAACUGUUUUUUUGUUCACUGCGACUCACAUUUCUUUGCAGUCCAGUGUUGUGAUAGUCCGUGGGAUCUCCAAAAAUACAACCGAAGAUGCUCUGUUGAACUAUUUUGAGAACACCAGACGUUCGGAUGGUGGUCAAGUAGAGGAGGUGAAAAUUACUGAAAAUACAGCACGGGUCAAGUUUGAGUCAUCAGAAGGUAUUUUUUCUUUUACUUACGUAACUAAGCAAAAAAAAAAAGAUGACGUACCAAGCGUCCUAGUGAAAACGAAGUUUCCCAGCUUCUCGUGUUUUCCCUUGCUCUUCCACCAAAUAAAAAGGCAGCGCAUUGAUAUCUUUGCUUGACGAAAAGAGAAUUGGUGCUCUAAUUGACUUAAUUUGGCAAAUUACGCGACUAAGGCAAUUUUAGGUCCCACACUGGGCCUUGCUUUAAAGCUUAUUGCUGAAACGAAGGAAUUGCCGGCUUUGAAAUAGACCAAUUUCAAAAUAUUAAAAUUAUUACACGUGGCUGCAAGGCUUGAGGGAAUAAAACGAAAGAAAUGUCUUAUUCAUGAUCACCCCUGAACCUCAAAUUGAUUUCCUUUGAUUCAUUUCCCAAGUCUUGGAAACAAGUUUUGAUUUUUAUAUAUCGAAAUUGUUUUUUUUUUUUUGCAUUGGAGCAAAAUAGAUGACACAAGUUAUAAUGUAACUUUUAAAACAGUAUUCUACUUAUAAGGAGCUGUUGUAAGUUCCCGUGUCUGUGUCUCCUAUUUUAGUGGCAAACCGAGUUAUCCAACGUGAAAAACACGUUUUAGAUGGUGCUACACUUGAUGUCAGUAUAGAGAUGCCUGAUAAUUGCAAGACCAUCAUGGUGAUAGGCCUGUCACCAAUAACCACUGAAGACUCACUUUGGAAUUACUUCGAAAACAGGCGACGAUCUGGAGGUGGAUACGUAGAAAGUGUGGAAAUCCAACGUGAUAAUGGUUUAGCGUUCGUAAGAUUUGAAGACGCCAGUGGUAAGCGGCCGUAAGAUUUGUUUAAAGUAGCAUUGUCAUGCUACAACCAGUUGCAAAAGUACUUGAGACACUGUACCCUAUUUUGGCAUAAAUGGCCCUUCCAUGAUCUUGUGCUUGUGAUCCCCCCUCUACUCCUUAUCAAAGUUGCUAGCAAUACAAGACCACACUCAUUACUUGGAGGAACAACUUUGAAUGGGAGAGAGGAGGGAGGUCAGUAUUAUAUCUCACAGACCUGUGACCAGGAGCGAUUUGAAGCAAGAAAGGUCGUUCUUUCGUGGGAGUGUCUCAACAUCUUUGCAGCUGGUUGUAGCUACUUGCUAUCUUUUUGAAAAUCUAAAACCUUUCUUUGCAUCAGCUAAUCCGAAAAAUUAUAUAGUGGUCUUGCAUUGUCAUUUACAUGACUAUAUUUAGGAAUUGAGACUGUUUUCGGUUGUCUUUUGCACCGAUGACACGGAUGGACAUGGAUUGAAACUUGAAAAAGCUUGCCCAACUUUUUCCAGUCGCAAUCCAUGUCCACCCAUAUCAUCGGUGCAAAAGACGACCGAAAAGACUUAAAAAAUCACCAAAAAUGUUGUAAUGGUUAACGCUCCCUGAUGAAAUUUGUUUGAUAUCUUCUUCAUAUCCCUAACAGAGCAUUUUGGGUAUAUGUAAAGGCACUUUAGUACAUUAUUAACCUAACACAGCAAUAUCCUUGUGACAUAGCCCCUUCAAGACCCUGAAAAGAUUAGAGAUGGCGUUCGGUUAUUGUAACUACGCUUCUACUCAGAGAAACAAAGUAAACGUAUGGAUAUUAUCAAUAUGUAUUAGACAACAUCUAGUGGCGCUAGAAUCUGUCGCUAUCAGUAUGAAGCCACACAACUGAUUGACUGAAUAAUUGGUUGGCUGAUUGAUUAAUAAGCUUAUUAAAUUUUGAGAGCGAGAUCCACUUCUGUUACAAUAUAUCUAAUAUAAUAAUCUAUGGUUUUAACUGGUUUAUUCAAAUUAUCAAAGAGCUAAUAACAUACUAAACAACGUGCUUUAUGGCUCCACUUCUCCUUUACUCCCAACUCAACCAGUCUUCACACGUGCCUGACACAAAAGUCCUCAAAUACGCGUAAUACAACGACGCUCAAGAGUACGCUCCGAUAGUGUCUUGUUUAAUAAGGAACUUGUCUGUUUCGUCUCAGACGCCGUUGUUUCAGCGACUUGCGCUUUGCCAUACCGACAGAGCAAAAAUCCGAAUUUUUUUCCCGGGUAGAAUUAAAGUUUGGUGAAAACCUACACCAUAAUAAAAUCGAGAAGAUUGAUCUUUAUGUAGCCGAAGUACCAGAAAACCAGAAAAGAUCCAUUGUUACUGUGACGGGAUUUCGACAUUGAAAUUUGUCUUCACUUUCCUCUAUUUUAGUUGUUACCACGGUGUUACAGCGAGAACAGCAUUCCCUUGACGGAACUUUGGUAACAGUGGCAUUAAGCCGUAACUCGACAGUUGGUAUACCUGAUGAGGAAAAAAUGGAGGAAUCGCGUACCAUUGAAGUGAUCGGGCUUGCUUCAACAACAACCAAAGAUGCCAUUAUAAACUUUUUUGAAAACGCUCGGCGUUCUGGUGGAGGGGAGAUAAGCGACGUGGAGAUUGUCACUGAAAAGGGAUGUGCUGUCGUGACGUUUCUUUUAGCUGAAAGUGAGUGGGAAUGGUAAAGUAGAAAUCAAGAUACCAACUUACCCUGGAUCCUAUCUAGGUUAUUGCUCGUCCAUAACAGCGUACCGAAAAACGAACCCCUUAACCAAAAGGCUGUGUUCCCAGACUCAUUCCCCACAACACUUUAUUCUCUCGGCCUUACCACUUACACCAAAAGUCAGGAAAAGAUCCCAAUUAAUUCCUUUUUGUAUGAUCCUACCGUUAUAAAUGCUUUCUGUCAACAAUGAAUGCUCCUUAGGUAAGUAGUUGUAGUAAUAACUCUUUUAUAUUAACUAGGACAAACAAAAGCUCUGUUAAUUUGCCAAGCUUAGUUGGACGCAGAACUAAGCAACGGGGAUGGGUACGAACACGCCUCGUACGUCUCACACAUGAUGCCAUUCCCAUUGUAAGAAACAGCUUUUUAUGUAUGUAUUGUUCAGAAACCACUUCAUUUAGUAUAGACCACCGGAGCGUUGCUUUUUUUCUCCCUUUCUCUCUGCUUAUUCAAAAGGUGCCCAAGGAGUUCUGAAGAAAGGCGUUCUUACCCUUGACGGUGCAGAAUUGCACGUCACCAUCCAAAAACCGGCCAAAAAAAUACCAGUUGACACUAAGAGGCUUCUCGUCAAAGGACUUAGUGAAGCAACCACCCGAGAUGCACUGGCUUCGUACAUGGAAGUAGUGAGUGGUCUGGAAGUAUUACAUGUGGAAUUUGGAGAGCAAGGCUGUGCACUUAUUACAUUUGCAGAAUCAUAUAGUAAGUUACGAUUGGUUUUCAUAAACACUUUGUUCUGUAAUAGUUGGAAUUGACGUCUGUUCCAACUUUUUCAUUUAUUAUCCGCCAGCCUUUUUUGGAAAGAAAAAAGGUGGCUGUGGAGAUUUUCACAAACCAUUGCAAACUGUUUGUUUUUCCGAAGUAAAUAUUGCAACUGGGGUAUAGAAACUAAAUAUAGCCAUGGCUAGCACAACUUCAAUAUUUAGUUCCUGCUAAAAAUAUUUUCACAACGCGCACGUGUGCCGGUUUAUAGUUUGUAAUGAACUUAACUAAUACGAAAAGGUGACAGUAAAUUAUUUCAUAAUUUUCCCCAUUAGCAUUUACAUCUAAUUUGAUAAUGGUCAGAAAGAGAACUUAAUGAUUAACUUAGUAAGGCAAAAAUCCUUGGCUUAGGCGUCUGAGAUAUGCAAGACUUCUAAAUUUGGUGUUCAAUAUUGAUUACAUUUUUCCUUCUCUCUAGCCUACGAAUCCAUUAAACAGAAAGCUGCAGAAAGAAAACUUGAAGAAAAAAUCCUGUCAAUGGAGCAAGUGCCUGUUUGCCAUUGUGUGCUGGUGAUGGGUAUGAACAAGGAGAACACAACAAGAGACGCCAUUUUCUACUACUUUGAUAAUCCCAAGAAUGGUGGCGGUGGUGUCAACAAUGUGGAUCUCAAUAUGACAGAAGGCUCGGCAUUGGUUUUCUUCGAAGAUCCCCAGGGUAGUGUGAUGUUCCUAUAACAAGCUAAGACAACUUGAAUAAUGGUAGUCCCUCAGCUAAAACGAUUCUGCCCCCUAAUCUAGAGGACAACCAGAGAACUUAUUUAGAACUUAUUAAAAUAGCUAGUUAUUGAUUUUUUGCUCGCGGUUGACCAAAGUAUCAAGUUGUUGCAUUUUUCUUUCUUUAACAGUUGUGAACAAAGUCAUAGCAAAAAGUCACACUCUAAACGGAGCGCUGUUGGAACUAAGACGACAUAAUCCAGUCCUUUCUAAAUCAGCGUGUGUCACUGAAGACCGUGUGCAAGAGAAAGAGAUACCUGUAGAUAUGCAAGUCAUGCAAUUCAUUUGUGAACGACAUGAAGCUGAUUUGGAGCACAUCCAACGUAAACAUGGCGUUGAAGUCAAGUGGGAAGAAGGAUCAAAAAGUAUCACUCUUGCACCUGUAGAUGGCACAUCAAUGGACGCAGAUCGAUUCGAAGAAGCUUCCGAAGCAAUUACUUCUUUCCUAGCAGAGUUUCAGACAUACUCCGUACAAGUCACACCAGAUGCUUGGCAAACUCUUACCAAACAGUUCAAGGAACUUGUGAGUUCCAUGGAGGAUGACGUAAAAAUUCAGUACCUGAAUGAGCAGUGCAAAAUCGUCCUAACGGGGAUACUGCAAAAUGCAGAGACUCUUUUGGAGAGAUUGAAGCAGCUGAAGACAGAAAUCGAGAGUACGUUAGCAGUGGAGGCAUCUAAAGUAUCGACAGUUGUAAAAGAAAUUCCUAAAGAACGUCUUAAGUUUUUAGCUGACCUAGAUUUUGACAAAGAACUCGAAGUUCAUCACGAAAAUACAAAAGUGGACAUACUUCUUGACAAAGGUCAAGUUUGCAUUUGGGGUCCUCCUGCAGUUGUUCAUAAAGCAUCAGCUGAUAUUUGGGAAGCAGUUGCAAACAUGAAGGAGGUCAGCUGUGAAGUGUCUCAAAAUGCAGUAGAGGUACUAAGGAGGAGACCUUGCCAGUUGUUCAUACAAAAACAAUUCACAGCCAAUAAUUUGCAAGCACUUGCGACUUUCCAUGGUGAUGAAGAAGAGGGUCCAUGCGCUUUGAGGGUAAUUGGUAUGAACUCUGAAACUGCCCAUAAAGCGUCGCGUUUAGUGCAGACGACCAUCGUUGAAGAAAGCAUCGUCUUAGAUGACGGUCAAGUGCAGCUUGAAAAAAGUGAAAAAUGGCGCUCGUUUAGAGAUGACCUGACCGCAAAUUCCAUUUUAGGUAUCAAAUUUGACGAAAACAGCAACAAAUUAUGCAUGACGGGUAGAAGGGAGGAUGUUACAACGGCACUAAGAAGCGUCAAGGACUUUUUGAACGAGAACACCAUUGUUAGCGAGGUAUUGGAGUUUCCAAGAGGCAGCAGAAGGUUUCUCUCAAAGUACCAAGAACACGAGCUUCGGAUUAUCCAGGAGGAGUUGAACAAACACUGUACAGUUAUAAAGGGGAUUGCUGAGGACGAGGAAGUUGUCGUCACCGGAACAAACGAAGGAGUUAAAAAGGCCAUGGAGAAUGUUUACAAUCUAGCCUCACAAGUCGAAAGCCAAAAGGUUCCUAUCGACAAACCAGGGAUGCGGAGAGUGCUUAAUCGAAACAAUGGGAGGAAAAUGCUGAACCUUCUUGAAAAUGAAAAUAAUUGCGUAAUCGAGUUCUUUGACGGGGAGAAAGAUGCUUCCUCGAAGGACGUUAUGGAAGAAGAAAAAGAUGACGAGAGAAUCGAGAAAGAGAGCGAGUGUACUUUCCUGACUCCACAAGGUAAAAUGAUCAAGGUUUUCAAAGACAACAUAUGUGAUCGGAACGUAGACGUCAUCGUUAAUGCAGCCAAUACGAAACUCCAGCACUUGAGUGGUGUUUCUAAAGCCAUUCUUGAUGCUGGUGGAGAAGCUAUCCAGCAUGAGUGCGAUGAUUUUAUCAUCCAGCAAGGAUCUGUUUUGGAGGGGCAAGUUGUCGUUACUUCUGCCGGAAAGUUGCCUUUCAAGAAAGUAGUUCAUGCAGUUGGUCCAUCUUGGAGAAAGGAGGCCACGCGAGAAAAAGCGAUGGGCAAAACACCAAAGGAAGAGAAAUACCUGAGCUAUGCAGUGUCCAAUGCCUUAGAUGCCGCAAGACAAUUUAAAUCAAUAGCGUUACCUGCCAUAAGUACUGGUGCCUUUGAAUUCCCACGCGACUUGUGCGCUAAGAUUAUGGUUGAUGCAACAGUACAGUUUUGUGAAGAAAGUCCAAGCUGCUAUUUGUCUGAGAUCCAGUUCACAAGCACCGACGAUGCAGUGGUCACAGCAUUUGUUACUGAGAUGGCUUCCAAAUUUGGACAAGAUCCUUGUUUUUCGCGUGGUUCCUCAAGAGGAAAAAUCACAUCAAAAGGAGCUGCCAAAAAAGAAGCUAAAGAUAGAAGAAAAACAGUUCAUAUAGCACCACCACCAUCGGAUGCUACAGAUGGACUGAAUGAAGUGACUACUCCAGAGGGUAUUAAAGUGGCUCUUGUGGUUGGGAAUAUGGCCCAUGAACAGGCAUGUUACACCUAGUUUUUUCCUCUGUCUAUGAGUGUGCAACUAGUUUUGGUUCUGUUCUUCGGUUUGACAUGCAGGUAACUUCCAGACAAGCUAGAAUUAUGCAAUGUUAAAUCAAAGUCAAUGAACGGCAACAAUAGUGCAAGAGAGUAUACCCGACUCCCUUUGUUUUGGCUGUAUUAGCUGAAAGUCGACGUAACAACCUGUCCCUUAACUCUUUUACCUUUGAAAGGACUUUGAAGUCUGAUAAAUCUCGGUUCUUACUGAAAGUGCUGUCCUUCUUUAUAGCUUAUGUUUUCUCCACAGGUUGACGCGAUCGUGAACUCCACGUCAACAGACCUAGACCUUAGUAGAAACCCUAGUGCUGUAGCUUUGAGUACGGCUGCAGGCCCCACUCUACAACAGGAAUGUAAGGCUAUAGGCGAAGUGCAGACUGGUGGCAUUGUUGUUACCACUGGAGGGAACCUUAAGUGCAAGCAUGUUUUUCACAGUUCCUGUUCUGGUUGGGAAAAUGGAAAGGGUGAAAAGGUACCUUAUGGAACUAACGCAUAGAAUACGCCAUUUGGCUCAAAUCUACUCUCCCAUUAAUGAAGUUCUUAGAGGGGAUGAAUUUCCGAAAUUCUUAAAGGGUCGCGGUACGUUCAUACCCAAGCUCGUUAGCUGCAUUGUGCAAAUUGAGAGAGGUCUAAGCUUAACCUGAAAGCGGUCCGUUUUCAAAUUUUUGGCUUUUAUUCAGUUUUUCCUAUCCGUGCUUGUUUUUGUUGUACCUUAAGUGUAUUUCUCUUGCGUUCUGUCAACUCUGUGAUUGUUUGCUAUAUUCAAGACCCUGAACUGACUCUAAUUCCAGACCAAUGUUAGCAAGGACAAAGCUCGACAAUGAUGACACAAAUCUAUUUUUUGCAGGUUUUACGUGAUGUUUUAAAGAAAAGUCUUCAUGAAGCUCACAAGAGAAGCCUUACAAGUAUUGCCAUACCUGCUAUUGGCACCGGAAAUCUCAAGUUUCCUCAUGAUCGGGUGGCAACCGCAUCCUUCGAAGGAGUGUUGGCAUUCAGUAAGAAGAAUCUAACGAGCACUGUGAAGGAGGUCCACUUGGUCGUUUAUGACAAAGAUUUGCCGACUGUACAAGCCUUUCAGACUGAGUUGCAAAGUCGCAAACGAAAACAACCCCAGCAGGUACCGAAAAGUGGAAAGAAAAAACGUCGUGGGUCGCGCGGGGGAGCCGCGACAACGGUUCAUUCUGGUGGUACAACUAGCGGUUGUGACUCUCUUGAUGUCUCUGUGGAAGAACUGGAUCCAUUUAGACCCGAAAUUGCCUUAGGUAGCGUUACGGUCCAAGCAGAGAUUGGUAACAUUACCAAAGAGGUAACUGACGCAAUCGUUACUUUGUCAAACACAAACUUAAAUAUUUCACUAAAUAGCGGCGUUGGAAAGGCCAUUGUCAGUGCUGGUGGACCAAGUAUUCAAACAGAAUGUUCGGCUCUGGGGGUUCAGACACCAGGUUCUAUCGCGGUUACUGGAGCAGGAAAACUGCAGUCUCGAAACAUAUACCACAUGGUGCCAGAAAAGCUGAACAUGGCUUCCGUUAAAAGUUGUAUCACGAACUGCUUGAAAGUAGCCGAAUCGAACGGGUUGACUUCAAUAUCUUUCCCAGCUGUCGGAACUGGUAAUGUGCGAGUCGGUGUAAAAGAAGCAGCUCAAGAGAUGUUAGCAGCCAUUGCGAAAUUUGCUCAAGAACAGCCAGCUUCACUUCAUUUCAUUCGCAUUGUGAUUUUUCAAGAGCACAUGUUUCAGGACUUCCGUGCUGCGAUGGAGGCAUGCGUCUCCUCAUCCGGAGGUUGGACAGGCAUGUUCUCCAAGCUUUUUGGUUGGUUUAGAUCAGGCAAAGACGCCUCACCUAAUCCUUUACACCCCUCCAUCAGGAAAAGUAGUAGCGAGAGGGCUGAAGCUUAUUUGGAAGUAUUUGCAGGAACCAAGCAAGACGUCACGAGAGCUGUUAAAGAAAUUCACAAAUAUCUGGCUGAUCAAGUCACUACCAAAGUUAUUGAAAAGGAUGCUAUCAGCAACCUCUCUGAGGAACAGAAAGGGAAAAUAAUUAAUUUAAGAGGAAAACAUGGCACCGAUAUAAAUAUAGAAGAACCAAUUGGUCGUAUAUCUAUUCGAGGUUACGCAGAAGAUGUCUUAGAUGUUGCCACUGCAAUUCACGACAUCUUGAACGAGAAAAUAGAGGAAGAGUAUUGCAGAGAUGUUGAAGGACUUGUUUGCAAGACCGUUCAGUGGUACUACUCUGAUGACGAUGAUGACGGAUGGGAACCCUAUGACCCUACAUCUAAUUACAGAAUAGAAAGUGCCCAUGAGGAGGGCCAAGAAUCUGUUAUUUUUGUAAUUGACGAUGCCAGAUGUGAGAUUGUGUUCAGGUUCAUGGAAGAGACCUGUCUAGAAGAUGGAGAAAAAAGAAUUGUCGUGAGAAAGGAAAUAGGGAAAGGUAAAGUAAACUAUGCCUGAAGUCCUCUUUUAAGAAAUAAUUAAAACGUAUUCAUUAUCUUUAUUUGACGUGUUGCUCAAUACAUGGAAAAUGUGUCUAUGGUGAAUGUUUCCUUUACUUCUGACAUUAUUAAACAGGCAUUCUGUUACCUAAUGAUUGGUGCGUACAGCCAAAGGACAGCUCAGGUAAAGAGAAAGCAGUUCACUUGGUCGCGCUUGAUCCCGCCAGCAAUCCGACCGAGUACAAUCGAGUAGCAGACGAAAUUAAAAAAACGGCUUCAGUUAACAUCACCAAGAUAGAAAGAGUGCAGAACCCUGGGCUCUACCGCGCGUACAUGGUGAAAAAGGAUCAAAUGGAACAGAGAAAUGGCGCCAAUGAAAAAUUUCUCUUUCAUGGUACUGCUCAAGGCAGCUGCUCCAGUAUCAACAAGUUUGGUUUUAACAGAAGCUAUUGUGGGAAGAACGGUAAGCGUAGGCGUCUUACUAUUAUAAUUAUUAUUAUCAUCGGCGUUAUCACCAUCAUUUUUUUUAUUUUCAUCGUUAUGGUUAUCAUUAUUAUCAUUUAUUUUACGGGAGAUCUCGAUAAGCGUGAGAAUACGUUUAAAGGCAGGGUAUUUGAGAAAGAUGCUGGAAUGAUAAAAGUCGUUGCACGAAUUUGUAAUUACAAAGGCUAGUGUUUCGACGAGCCCACCGCGUUUUUAUGAGGAAUGUUAACUAUUGAUGUGUCAGGGCUUCGUAUGCUAUGGUAAGGCUCGAUUAAUUUUGAGAUAAGCUGCAUGUAUAAGAUCAAAAACUGCUGCAUUUUUUUUUUGCAACGGAAGAAGCGAUGGGAAAAAAUUCCAAGUGGAGUUCGUUACAAAACUAUCCCUUGAGAAACAGAGAGGAGCAACAAGCACAAAUUAUAAAAGAAACAUUACGUUAAGGUGGACAGUUAUAUUCUUUGUUUUCAAGAAUUAUGGCUUGCUGCUAUCAAUAACUCUUUCCGCGCUUGCUAUCCGGCAUUUUUGUGUUAAUUCAUAGCUCGUCGGUUAUCCAAUAUAUAGACAGGGGGGCUAAUAUCCUUUAAUUUUUGAAAACUUUUCCAGCUAAGAAUUAAUUUUGAAGGUUACGCAUAGGGCUAUCCUUAAAAAUAGGGAAACUGUCCUUUUUAAGUUAAAAAAUGGACACUAUAUCUAAGCCAUUCAAAUCCGCCACGCAAGAAAAAUCAACCGAUAAACUAAAAGUGCAUUUUUUGCUCCAGGUCUUUCCAAACUGAGCAGCACAUACUCCUCCUUCCAUUUUGCAACGAGAACACAACAAGUUCGAGAACACAGUUGACAGGAAAUAAACAGUUACUAUUCUGGGAAGGAAGUGUAAUUGUACAAUUUAUGUUGACAUGAAUGAUUAAACUCAAUUUUUCAGCUACUAUGUAUGGGAAUGGAGUAUAUUUUGCCCGAGAUGCCUCCUACUCUACUCAAUCCAAAUACUCUCCACCUGAUGGAAACGGAAACCGCUACAUGUACCUUGCCCGUGUUCUAGUGGGCGAAUACGCGGCUGGACGUCAAGGGAUGAUUACUCCCCCAGCCAAGGGAAGCGACGCCACAGAUGCAUACGACAGUGUUGUAGAUGGUCCUGGAAAUCCAAAAAUUUUUGUUGUGUUUUAUGAUAGCCAGUGUUAUCCUGAUUAUCUUGUUACUUUUACGUGAGCUCGAAAGUUGCUGGUGCGUAUCCCUCGGAAUUUGUAUAAUAAGUUAAUUUUCAGUAUUUUAUUCCGGAGCGAUGUUGAAUGGCGCAGACGCAAAAUCUGCAUUUGAGAAUCAACAUUCUAUGAAAUCUGUCAAAAAAAGGUUUUUGUAUUUUGGGUAGUUUUUGGCAAGUUAGCCCAAGUAGGUUUUCAAUUAAUGCGGUUCUUAUUUUUGAAGGAGGUGUGUUUAGGAUUAGGGUUAGAAAAAUACGUAAACUUGGGUUUGGUCCUGAAAAAUACAGUAUUUUAUUCACAACUCUAAAUUGUAAGUCGUCUUUAUGAAAGGUCCAUUUAGGAAAUUUCCGUCUGUACUUUAUGUAAGCCUGGUUUUGUUGUAGGAAUUGCAGUAAUACUUUUAUUAAUGUAAUCACAGUUUAUCACAUUAUUUUCUGAUAAUACAAUUUGCAAAUCUCAAAGUCAAUCUCAAAUGUUUAUCACGAUUUAAUUGUAACCCAGAAACAAGGGAACGUGUGAAACUUACUACGCUUUUCAAAAACACGCGAACACUGAAUUUCAAAUGCCGCUGUUUUUUUUUUGCUGUAGUCAAUCAUAAUUACGAUCAGGAGCAUCAAACCUUGAAACACAGAAACACACAAAAUGGACCGAAAUCCACCAAUCACAAAUCACAAACCAUGACCUUUUGAACUCAUUGAAGUAAACGUCUGUGACUUAAGAAGUCCGCUAAGAUGAUUGACGGUAGCGAGAAACGCAAACGUCAGUUGGCUUUAGAACUUAUACAGCGUUCGCUUGUUUUUGAAAAGUGCAGUAAUAAACUAAAAAUUUGUAUGAUAAUGUAUUUUCAGCCGUGUUCGCCGGAGGAUUUAUUACUGAUUAUGCGCAGUCAGUAAUGACCAUGUGAUAAAAACGAGUAGCUCUGGGGACGAGAAUGCCGAAAACUAGAAAUGGCGACUUAGAAUUAAAGAAGCUGCACUUCUCAAAUAGAUCAUUUUACAGUUGUUGGCUUAGUAUCUUAGCCUUCGAGACAGUGAAUGCGAGGCUGAGAAUGACCUUGUUUUGAUACAAACCUUCUUUGUUUUCUUAUUGAGAUUAUACUCGAAAAAUGCUAGUUAGCAUAAAUAAGAACAACAUGAUUUUACAUAACAAAUCAGGAAAGGUUGAAUUUUGCAAAGAAGGUCAACUCUAUCCUCGUUUCCAUCUACAACUGUGAAGUGGGCUAUUCCGCGUCAGAUGACGACGAAGACGCGUAGAUUUUUGCAUUUGUUUUAUAUGGAAUAUAUUUUUACCAAUCCAGCCAUCAUCAUAAAGCCGUAAUGUAGUCCCAGAAUCCAGGCGGUGUUUGCACUAGGAUUGCGAUGCAUUGUAGAUGUAGAAUUUUCAAGAUGGCGGCGAAGGUCGAGAAAUUUCCCAGGUUAUAUGCUUUAUAUUUCGAUAGACAUAGUUCUUUUCUGAGCAAUUUAUCCACAAUUACAUAAACUUAUACUUAUUUAGGGUUUUUCUGUGAGGAAAAAAAAUCAACAUUCCUCAUUACAAUCUUAAACACGGAGCACGAAGAUUCGUCCUCCACGAGCAUGAAAUUUGAACCCGUCGUUUCGAGAGCUGUAAUUUCUACCAUAGUGCUCAUUGACGACAGGAACUAGUGUUAAGUGUUUUACAGAGAUCUACGGCAAGGUGGAAACGCUCCCCACUUUUUGAAAUAGUUUUUUCGAAUUAAAACCGACAUGUUGUCAUAACAAAAUGUGGCCUCGCACAGACGUGACAUGUCACUGGAAGUGUCACUCUUGUAAUCACAAGUUAAUUACAAAAUAGUUCAUCGGUUAUAAACAGAAGCAUGAAGCCUGUCGACGAUUGCACAUAACAAAUG